CAGGCAGUUUCAGUAUUGCCUCUGUGAGUGUGUCAGUGUUUCCCUUCAGUCUCUAAAAAUCUGUGUUCAUACUGGGAAACAAGAUGUCCCGUUGGGCCCUUCCUGCUCCCCUCCUGCUCCUGCUGGGGCUCUUCAUCAUCAGUGCUGUCAGUCAGGAGGCCGACGACCCAGCAGCGGUACCACCAGCACCAGGCCCGGCUUCUGAUGGCACGCAGGCAGAGGCUGAGGACGAGGAGUGGGGUCUUCACUCCCUGAGAGGAGGCUUCGAGUCAGCCAGCGGUUACUUUGACUCCAUGCUCGAGUUUAUGGGCGGACGUGAUGGAGUGUGCCAAUACCGCUGUCGUUAUGGUAAAGAUCCUAUUCCUCGUACGGGCUACGAGAUGCCACAACCAAAUGGAUGUAGCUCCUAUUUCUUUGGCCUUCCUGUUCCAGAGGGGAUGGACAUGGGAAUCCCCGCCAUGACCAAGUGCUGCAAUCAGCUGGAUAUGUGUUACGACACCUGCGGCUCCAACAAGUACCGCUGCGACUCCAAGUUCCGCUGGUGCCUCCACAGCAUCUGCUCAGACCUCAAGAAGAGUCUCGGCUUUGUUUCCAAAGUUGAAGCAUGUGAAACAGUUGCAGACACCUUGUUCAACACAGUGUGGACUCUGGGCUGCAGACCUUACAUGAACAGCCAGAGAGCAGCGUGCUACUGCCAAGGAGAAGAGAGAGAUGAACUUUAGAUCGACACAUGAACAACUCGCCUAUUUAUAACUGUACGACCUGGCCAACAUGUCAGAUGAUGGAGCGCUGAGUUGUGCUGUGGCAAACACUGCUGCGUGACUGCUUGAGUAAUUUAUUUGGAAGUUGUUUUCGUUUUUUUCAACAUCAUUAUUUGACUUUGCAUCACUUUUUGGAUGUUUUACUGCACUCUGUGUUGAUUUAAAUCUAGAUAUGCAUCAAUGCUGUCUGUACUUUGACCACAUUUACAGUUCAUUUAAUAAAAAGGAGAAAAACAAUCUGAGGCUUGACUUAGACUUUACAGUGAGCAGACAACCUCCUGUGUUUUGUAUUUAGAAUGUGUUAUCAUGGAAAGUCUUAUAUGAAUGUAAUUCAUUAAUGUCAUGGUGAGUCCUCAGGAGAUCAGUGACCUCACUUCAUUUGGCCUUUCCACUUUCAGCAAGUAAACUGAAUACUCCUCCAUUCAUUGAGCAGGAAUUUGAGAGCUGAGAAACAUCCAGAUCAUGUUUUCCUGUGUCCAAGUCUGAACCUCAGCUCUAACACGGCCAGCAGAAAACACAAGUGAUGCAACAGGGUUUAUUUUCUCGACAUGUACCAUUUCAUUCUGUGCUCUGGGCCAGAAAUGACCAUAUACUACACAUUACUACUCCUGAUCCUGAUUACAGGAGGGUGCAGCUAAAGUGACCAGUAACAGCAAUGAAACAGCCAUAAACAUGUAAUAAUACAA